GAUAAGCACGAAUUAUUUCGUACGCGAUUUCCUGGAGUACCGGAAAGGCGGAGGUGAUGAAGAUGAUCAAGUGGAAGUGGAUGAAGAGAGUGAGGCACCUGAAGAGACCUCUGUGAAAGAGAAAAAGCCGGCGGUUUCCGGCUUCGACCCGAACGCCUUACCCGCUUUUAUCGAAUGGGCCGAGACGAAAUUCUGGCGUGGAUUCGUGAGGUUGAGCCAGGAUGAGAAGAAUAACACCCACCUGGACCGAUUCUUCUUCACGACAGCCUUCUACGGCAAAGAGUUCCUGGAGUGGAAAACGCGGUCGAUCGCAAUGAAGGCAUGGAGAGGCGUCGUCGAUAAGUACAAGGCCGAAUUCAACUGCUCAGUCUUCUAUGACGAGGCCAUCUACAUCGAUUUCAUGGACAAUAUGCCGACCGACACCUGGCAGUCGGCCGCCGGAACUCUGGGCUGCAUGGCGUUGAUCUGUUUCGUGUUCAUGUUCGACUUUUUCACAGUGUGCGUGUCAACCGCCGCGAUUGCAUCGGUCAUGGCUGGUAUCCUCGGCAUCAACGCCCUCCUCGGCAUGGAGCUCGAUCCGAUCGUGAUGGCGUCGUUGGUCAUCUCCGUCGGCUUCUCAGUCGAUAUUCCGGCCCAUGUCUCAUAUCAUUUUCAUAUGGCAGAUGCCCACCUGACAGGCGAGGUUACGGUAAAGACACGACUCCGGUAUUGCCUCGCUUCAGUUGGUUUUCCGGCCAUACAGGCGGCGAUAUCGACCAAUCUUUGCGUCGUUGCGCUACUUUUUGCUGAUAUUUACACAUCGAGGGUAUUCGUCCGAAUCAUGGUCCUCUGCGUCUCUCUCUGCCUCCUCCAUGCCCUCUAUCUAUUCCUUUUCUGCCUUCUGGGCUACGGUAUCGCCCGGCUGCUACGUCUCGAGGAGCGAUAUGUAGCUGUCGAUGGCCCGAGAGGGCGAGCGAGACGGCGGAGACACAGAUACGAAUUCCCGUACUCACGCGAUAUGGACUGCUGGCCGUUCGAGGAUCUCUGGAUCUACCAGCCACCG